ACCACAGCUCACGGCAACGCCGGAUCGUUAACCCACUGAGCAAGGCCAGGGAUUGAACCCGCAACCUCAUGGUUCCUAGUCGGAGUCUUUAACCACUGAGCCACUACGGGAAUUCCAAUCUAACUCAUUUCUAAUUUGAUCUCCCCCAUCUGCUUCUGAGCAGAUACUAAGAAACCCAUGCCUUGUUUGUGGCAAGAGGACCCCCUUUCUGACUGCCCUGACUAGAACGUGUAACUGGCCAGGCUUCUUGAACUCAUUGUUCAACAGAUACACCACUAAUGCCUCUUGCGGACAAGGCAUAGUGCCGGGCACUCAGUGGCUGCAAAAAUGUAUGACAGAUUACUUAUUUUUAAGGGAGUAGUUGAGCAUUAAGAAAAAGUUGUGCGUAUUAGUAACACCAUUUGUUUGGUGCUUCAUAGGUUAAGCAGUUUUACUCUUUUAGGGAUAUUCGCAACAAAUGUGAAACAGGUCCAUUUUAUAGAAGGUGAAAUUCAGGCUCAGUGAGGUGAAAUUGGCUUUCCUCUAAGGUCAGGCUAGUGAAGGCCUAAUUUACAUGCUGCUAUUGAAAAGGAAAAAAGACUCAUGCAAAAAGUCAUUUCAAAUGUUAGCUUAAUAAGAAAAUUGUCAAGGCCUAAGUCCUGAAUAAGCCUGGAGACGUAGAAUUGAACAAGUGAUCUGAGACUUUUAGGUAACCCAGAAAAUUAGACUGUCACUGGAAAGAGAAUACUAAUAAUGUCUGGAGCAUCAAGAUAUCACCUCUUUUGUACCACUGGUCCUAGACACACUUAACAUAGUAUAUCCUAAGUAAAUGUUUGAAUUGUAUUAAGCACCAUUUUGAAUUGAGUCAGAAAACAUGACUUUUUUUUUUUUUGACCAUGGCACAGUAUGUGGAUGUGCUGGUCCAGGGAUUGAACCUAUGCCACAGCACUGACCGAACCAUAGCAGUAACAAUGCCAGGUCCUUUAACUGCUAGGCCACCAGGAAACUCCUAUUUCCUUUCUUAACAGCUGUACAAUCUGUUUUUGAAAUUAUAUCCUCAGCUUCGUAAGAUAAUUUGAAAAUAUCUUUGUCUAAAUAAGACAUAUGCCAAGGCUUUUUCCAGUGGACAAACCAUUACAUUUGGCUGCUUCUUUCCUGUUAUUUAAAUACAUUUUUCUAAAAAAAAAAAGCUACCAAAACACUACGAAGGAUGUGAGGAAUGGGCAGUGGAGGGACAGCAUUCCCUACCCUCUUGUCUUGUAAUAAUUGUGCUUAAUAGGUUAGUUACAUGUAUAAGGAUCUUUUUAGCACUUACCAGUGGGAUCAUCCUUUUGACCAGCUCCCUAAAGCACUGUUUAUCUGGCAGCAAAGACUAGAAAGGUUCAAAACGAAGUGCUGGACUAGGGCAUUUCCCCAUUUUCUCCUGUGGUAUUGGUUACAAUGUAAUGUGGGUACUUGUGCAUCUGUGGUUUGUGGGAGGACAGGUUCAUUCAUUAUAUUCACAGAGACCAAAGAAGACCACGGAGACUUUGCCCAAGUGCUGAUAUGGAGCAGGUGUCAUCAACAGGCAGACCUGUGCAGAUCACUGUGACAGACGGAUAUGACUUGAAAGGUUUUAAAGGCGAUGCUCCAGUUACCUUUAUUCGUGCAGAAUUCAAUCAGGUGGUUCUGGGAGACUCUGCAAAAAUUACUAUUUCUCCAGAAGGAACUGCAAAAUAUAACUUCACUAGCAGUUUUGAGUUCAAUACUGAAGGAGGAAUCACUUUGGAUGACCUUGCCCACAAACCUGUUUUCUUAACUAUGACUGAAGUUUUACCAAAGGAAAAGAAACAGAAAGAGGAGAAGACCUUAAUUCUUGGUCAAGCUGUGGUGGAUCUUCUUCCUUUACUAGAAGGAGAGAGUUCAUUUGAAACGAUGGUCCCAUUGCACCCUGUGCCAGGCUCGCCCUUAGAACCUCUUCGAUCAGGUGUUAAGCAGUGCAGUCUUGAAGUUAAAGUAUUUGUAGCAGAGCCUUUAUUGACCACAGACCAGAUCUCAGAAGGCAAUCUUCUGAAAGUCACAUUGGAGGCUGCCUACUCUGUGCCUGAAUCCUUCAUUCCACUGCAGAACUACAUGGUUGGUCUGCAAGUUCCAUCAGCUGGAGAGAAGGACUAUCCCAUUUUCUUCAAGAAUGGAACUCUGAAGCUUGGAGGGGAAAGAGAACCUGUUCCUCGGCCCAAAAAAUGGCCUAUUGCCAACAUUCUGGCUCCAGGAGCUAAUAACAUUCCUGAUGCAUUUAUCGUUGGUGGGCCCUACGAGGAAGAGGAAGGAGAACUCAACCACCCUGAGGACAGGGAAUUUAGGAACCAAGCAGAAUGCCUAAAGAAAAGGAUUACUUGGGACUUGGAAAGUCGAUGCUACCUUGAUCCUCCUGCGGUGGUCAGUUUUCAGAAGCGAAUUGCUGACUGCCGAUUUUGGCCUGUAGAGAUCACAAGAGUUCCUUUGACUACUGCACCCAAAGGGAAAGGUGCUAAAUUUGAAAAGACUGAUGACGAAGGUCAGCCUUCAUUUCAUGGUGUGGCUUAUGUUAAUAUGGUGCCAUUGCUGUAUCCAGGUGUGAAGAGGAUUCGGGGAGCUUUUCAUGUUUACCCUUACCUAAAUAGUACAGUCUAUGAAAAAACCAAGUGUUUAUUUAGCUUGUUCCGAGAUCCUGGCCAUAAUUUGAUUCAGAAUAAUAAAACAGGAGGAAUUAAUUCUCCACUGUCCAAACCAGCUGUUUCUAAGAACCUGAAAGAAGAUAAAGUGGUCAAAGAAAAGGAUAUAGAAGGAAAGCUUAGGCCGGGGGAUAUGCAAGCACCUAGUAUAAAAUCUCAGAGCUCGGAUACCCCUUUGGAAGUUGAACCUUCUCUGUGCAACAAUCCAGAAGGACAGCAAUAUGUAGAAGCAGGAACAUACAUUGUGUUGGAGAUUCAGCUGGACAAAGCCUUGGUUCCAAAGAGAAUGCCGGAGGAGCUAGCCAGAAGGGUCAAGGAAAUGAUUCCUCCAAGGCCACCUCUUACCCGUCGGACAGGAGGAGCUCAGAAGGCAGUAAGUGACUACCACAUGCAGAUCAAGAACAUUUCUAGAGCCAUUCUGAAUGAAUAUCACAGGAUGUUUGGAAAACAGGUAGCCAAAUUGGGGAAUGAUUUGGAUUGUGAAACCCUGGAGGAACAGAAGUGCCAGCUCAACUACGAACUUAAUUGCUCUGGAAAAUGUUUUGCAUUCAAAGAACAACUCAAGCAUGCUGUGGUAAAGAUUGUGAGGGAAAAGUACUUAAAGACAACAUCAUUUGAAAACCAAGAGGAACUGCAGAAAUUUAUUAGUGAGCUCUAUGUGUUCUUGGUGGAUCAGAUGCAUGUGGCCUUAAAUCAGACUAUGCCAGAUGAUGUCCAAGGCACUGCUUCAACAAUUCCUACCAGCAGUGAACAGCUUCGACUCUUUGCUUUCGAAGCAGAAGUCAAUGAGAACUUUGAAAUGGCAGCAGCGUACUAUGAAGAGAGGUUAGUCCGUGAGCCCCAGAACCUGGAGCAUUGGCUGGACUAUGGUGCCUUCUGCCUCCUAACUGAAGACAACAUCAAAGCACAAGAGUGUUUUCGGAAAGCCCUUUCCCUGAACCAGAAUCAUGUCCACAGCUUGUUGCUGUGUGGUGUCCUGGCUGUCCUGAUGGAGAACUAUGAGCAGGCAGAAAUUUUCUUUGAAGAUGCUACUUGCUUGGAACCAACUAAUGUUGUAGCCUGGACUUUACUUGGCUUGUACUAUGAAAUUCAAAACAAUGAUAUUCGAAUGGAAAUGGCAUUUCAUGAAGGCUUCAAACAGCUUCAGGCACGAAUGCUUCAGUCACAAGUAACAAAGCAGAGGAGCACUGGUGCUGUAGAGUUCUUUGAAGAAGGAGGGAAAACAGAAUCCAGUUUAGGCCUUUGGGGAAUUACUAGUGGUUCUUCUACAGCAGCAAUCAAGAUGGAAGCCCAAGCAGGAGCUCCAUUAUCUGUUCUGGAUGAAUUUCUUGAUGAAUCCUCUCACCUGAAGUCUGAUUCACAUGAACCCAUUUUGUCUGUACAAUCUCAGGAUCCAAAUACCAGCCAAAAACCAUCCAACUCAUUUCUCAAGGAAAUACCACCAAAAAAAGAAGCAUCAAAAUGGCAAGAGUCAUCAACUUGUCUGCAACCUACUCCUUAUAGUGUUUCCCAAACUCCUAUCACCAUCUUCAUGGAGACCAUACGCUUCUUGAUGAAAGUCAAUGCUGUGCAGUAUGUACACAGAGUGCUUGCACAUGAGCUACUCUGCCCUCAAGGAGGCCCAAGCUGUGAGUAUUACCUGGUUCUGGCUCAGACACACCUUCUCAAGAAGGACUUUGCUAAAGCAGAGGAAUACCUCCAACAAGCAGCGCAGAUGGACUACCUGAACCCUAACGUCUGGGGCGUGAAGGGCCAUCUCUAUUUUCUGAGUGGAAAUCAUGCUGAGGCCAAGGCAUGCUAUGAGCGAACUGUUAGCUUUGUAGUAGAUGCUUCUGAGAUGCACUUCAUCUUCCUGCGACUGGGGCACAUAUACCUGGAAGAGAAAGAGUAUGAAAAGGCGAAGAAAACCUACCUGCAAGCCUGUAAGAGAUCACCUUCAUGCCUCACCUGGCUGGGACUGGGAAUCGCCUGUUAUCGGUUGGAGGAGCUCACAGAGGCUGAGGAUGCUCUCUCUGAAGCCAAUGCACUGAACAACUACAAUGCUGAAGUAUGGGCCUAUCUGGCUCUGGUCUGCCUGAAAGCUGGACGGCAGCUGGAAGCUGAGCAGGCCUACAAGUACACAAUGAAGCUGAAAUUGAAAGAUGAGAAUCUGCUUGCAGAGAUCCACACAGUACAGGAGACAGUUGGCUUUGGAAAUCCAUCUUUCUGACAUCUUCCACCUGAAGAAUUUUCUGUAUGGGAUGCUAAGCUCCUUUCCUUCUCAGAGAAAUUAAAUCCUGGAUGUUUCACCAUAUGAGGGCUGUGGAUGAGUUAAAAAAAGAUCUUCAACAUAAAUUGAAACUCAUUCAUGUAUUUCCAUUGGGUAUCAUACUGGAUGGCUAUGUUACUGGAAGUUUUACUGGUUGACAGUAAACCGGGUGGCAAUAAAAAUCUAAAUAA